AGCCAAUCAGAAUCGAGCGAACACGUCUCCCCAUCUCACUCUCUCCAACUUUCAAAGUUUUCAAUUUGAUUUUGAACUGAACUGAAGCACGCCAACAGACCAAACUGGGAAAAAGCUGAACGAAGGAUCAAAUCUUCGAUACAUAAAGAAACCUUCUUCGGCAGUCUCGUGCAAAGAUUCGAACUUUCCCGCGGCCGGAGAUCAGGGUUAGUAGGCGUUCUCUGAGCGGAUCCACAAUGGGGCGGCGGACGAUGGCGGUCCUGACGGCGGUGGUGAUGCUGGUUUUGUUGGUUCCGGAGUCGAUCUGUGCGAAGAAAGUCGAAACAGCUGCGAGGAAAGAGGACGUUAAGUACAUCAAAUGCCAAGUCUGUGAGAGGAUUGCGACGCAAUUGCAUCAGCAGGUUCAGAAGAAGCAAGCACAGAUCUCACCCAAGAAGAUCUCUGAGUACCAAAUCAUUGAGAUUGCGGAGAAUGUGUGCAAUUUGAAGAAGGAAGAGGCUGAUUGGAUCACCAGGAUUGAUAUCGUGGAGAAAGGGGACAGGUUGGAGCUGGUAGAGCAAGAAGAGGAAGGAAUGUGCAAUGCGGAAUGUAAGACAAUUGAAAAGGCCUGCCAAGAGGUUAUGGGGUAUUCUGAUACUGAUGUUGCUGAGUACAUGUAUAGUUCCAAGCCUCAGCUUGAUCAGUUGGUAAACCAUCUCUGCAAGGACCUGUCUGGAGCUUGCAGUAAGAAGCCACCUCCAGUUCCUAAGAAUAGGAUUCCGGGAGAGGCAUUUGCGCUAAAGCCAUCUAAGCAGGCUGAAAUGGACAAGCUCAUGAGAUCAAUGGAGGGCAUGCCUGGAGCACCUGGCAUGAAAAUGUACUCGAGGGAGGAAUUGAUGAACAAUAUGAACAUCGGUAAUGAGGAUGGCGAUAACGAGGAUGAUGAUGAAGAUGAGGAGCAAUCAAAAAGUUUCCCAAAGAAUCUGGGUAACAUUAUGAGGGAGAAAGAGAAGAAGGCAAAUGAGGGUGAUUGGAAGCAGAAGAUCACCAAACAAGUGGCUUCCACUGGCGAGACGUUGAAGAAGCAUGCUCAGAGGGUCUCAAAUAGAGUCCGGCAGUGGUGGAAAGGAAUGAAGGCAGGACAAGCAAAGAAGAAGACUUCCAAAGCUGGCAAGUCUGAGCUUUAGGACUCCUCGGAGAAGAUAUAGAUGUAGAUCAGGGGGAGCGGAUCAAAUCUAAUUUUGCCUCUACACUAGCUUUUCUUGCAUUACCAUGCGAGAGCUGUAAUGUUGAUUGCAGGAAUACCACCUUUAGUCGUCGGUUUAUCGAGCAGUUGCUUUACACGAACUUACUGUCAUCCAUUUUUGUAACCAAAUCAGAGCUAAUCAUAACAAACUUAGUGUACACUACCUCUAGUGCC